CCAGCUCCAGGCCCCUAGCUUGCUGUUCCUACCCAGAGCCUGAGCAGUCUCUCGGGAAGGAGCUGUGACCCCAGUGUCCUGCCCAGGGGCCCUGGAGUGGCUGAAAGAGCGGCUGUUCCGUGUGGGUGAGGACUGGUAUUUCCUGAUGGCCCUCGGGGUGCUCAUGGCUCUGAUCAGCUAUGCCAUGAACUUCGCUAUCGGGCGCGUGGUCAGAGCGCACAAGUGGCUAUACAGGGAGGUUGGGGACGGUCACCUGCUCCGGUAUCUCUCCUGGACUGUGUACCCUGUGGCCCUCCUGUCCUUCUCCUCCGGCUUCUCACAGAGCAUCACGCCCUUCUCUGGAGGGUCUGGACUCCCAGAGCUGAAGACUAUGUUGUCUGGAGUCGUCCUGGAGGACUACCUAGAUAUCAAGAACUUUGGGGCCAAGGUGGUGGGCCUCUCCUGCACUCUGGCAACAGGCAGCACCAUAUUCUUAGGCAAAGUGGGCCCCUUCGUGCACCUGAGUGUAAUGAUUUCUGCUUACCUGGGCCGUGUACGAGCCAAGACCAUGGGGGAAUCUCAGAAUAAGGCCAAGGAAAUUGAAAUGCUAGCGGCUGCAGCUGCAGUGGGAGUGGCCACGGUCUUCGCAGCCCCCUUCAGCGGGGUCCUGUUCAGCAUCGAGGUCAUGUCCUCACAUUUCUCCGUCUGGAAUUACUGGAGGGGCUUCUUCGCUGCCACCUGUGGGGCCUUCAUGUUCCGCCUCCUGGCGGUCUUCAACAGUGAGCAGGAGACCAUCACCUCCAUCUACAAGACCCGCUUCCGAGUGGAUGUGCCCUUUGACCUGCCUGAAAUCUUCUUUUUUGUGGCCCUGGGGGCCAUCUGUGGUGUCCUGAGCUGUGUUUACCUAUUCUGUCAGCGGAAUUUUCUCCGCUUCAUCAAGACCAAUCGGUACACCGCCAAACUGCUGGCUACCAGCAAGCCCUCGUAUGCAGCUCUGGCUGCCCUGAUCCUGGCCUCCAUCACCUAUCCACCUGGUGUGGGGCGUUUCAUGGCUUCCCGGCUCUCCAUGGCGGAGCAUUUGCGCACCCUGUUUGACAACAACUCCUGGGCCCUGAUGACCCGGAACUCAUCCCCACCCUGGCCUGCUGAGCCUGACCCCCAGAACUUGUGGUUUGAAUGGUACCACCCACGGUUCACCAUCUUUGGCACUCUGGCCUUCUUCCUGGUCAUGAAGUUCUGGAUGCUGAUCCUGGCCACAACAAUCCCCAUGCCUGCUGGGUACUUCAUGCCCAUAUUCAUCAUCGGAGCUGCCAUCGGGCGCCUCUUGGGAGAGGCCCUGUCUAUCGCUUUCCCAGAGGGCAUUGUGGCUGGAGGUGAGGUCAAUCCCAUCAUGCCUGGGGGCUAUGCUCUGGCAGGUGCUGCUGCCUUCUCGGGGGCGGUGACCCACACCAUCUCCACGGCACUGCUGGCCUUUGAGCUGACCGGACAGAUUGUUCAUGCACUGCCUGUGCUGAUGGCGGUGCUGGCAGCCAAUGUCAUCUCCCAAAACUGUCAGCCCUCUUUCUAUGAUGGCACCAUCAUGGCCAAGAAACUGCCAUACCUGCCGUGGAUUCGUGGCCGCAAGAUUGGCGCCUACCCUGUGUGUGUGGAACACUUCAUGAACUCUACCCUCACCAUCCUGGCCAAGGACAUGCCCCUGGAGGAGGUGAUCAAGGCUGUGACCUCCACAGAUGUGGCUCAGUUCCCUUUGGUGGAGACCAGAGGUACUCACUCAGCUGGGGUCCGUGGAGGCUGCCUGGGAGGCUGGGUGGGGAUUCCCUCUGAGUGUCAGAGGAGCAAAGGCAAGCAGGGAACACACACCCUCUUUGAUCUGCUGACCCUCCAGACGCUGUUCGUGACAUCACGAGGCAGAGCUGUGGGCUCUGUGUCCUGGGUGGAGCUGAAGAAAGCAAUUUCCACCUUGAUCAACCCACCAGCCCCCAAGUGAGCCAGCCUUUGGGCUGCAACAAGGACCCCGGCUGCGGCAGGCAGCUCUACCCAGCCUGAACUGGGCUCCACAUUAUAUAGCCCACCCUGAGGGGACAAAGGAAGGGGAAAAUCUCACCCUGGUGGAUGUGCCUUCUGAGAUGCUGUGUUCCUGAGAAAAUAAAGUGAUGCCCAGAGCCGCUGCUCA